GGUUGGUUCUGUCACCCCGGAGCCGAGUUCUGCACCCAUCUCUCCAAUUGCGUUUUAAAAUAUGCAGUAAAAAAAAAAUCGAGCAACGCCACAUCCUACAAACUGGAGGGGAGGGGGAGAGCAUUGUGUCCCCAAACGGAUCAUAAACAAGGGAAAGGAGGGGUUCGGAACUUUAUUAUUAAAUACUUCCUCCACGCCAGAAAAACCAGGGCUCAGGCCUCGGUACUAAAGGGAUAGGCUGAAGCCCCGGACGCGGCUCAGUGAUCGCGGGCGGCGGGUCCGGGCUUCCGGUCUCCCGGGCGCCAGAGGGUCAUGGCGGGAAGGGGGAGGGCUCGCGCUCCAAGCUUUCCCUCCCCCACCCACACCCAGGGUCUUCUUCCUUCGGGAUUCGGAGCCGCCUAUCCUCCAGGGCCGACUAGCCGCAGGGCUGCAGGGGUCCAGGACGCCGCGACAUAGCUUAGCGACAGCGCUCUCCCUGGCGACGGCGCCGCAACAAGAUGGCGGACGACAGAGACAGGGAAGGCACAGAGAUAGCGGUAGCAGAAUUUCACAAAAAAAUCAAAGAAGCUUUUGAAGUAUUUGACCAUGAGUCAAAUAAUACAGUGGAUGUGAGAGAGAUCGGAACAAUUAUCAGGUCAUUAGGAUGCUGCCCUAGUGAAGGAGAGCUACAUGAUCUGAUUGCAGAGGUGGAGGAAGAAGAACCCACUGGAUACAUUCGAUUUGAAAAAUUUCUUCCAGUGAUGACUGAAGUACUACUGGAAAGAAGAUAUAGACCAAUUCCAGAAGAUAUCCUUCAUCGAGCUUUUGAGGUGUUAGAUCCAGCUAAACGUGGGUUUCUUUCUAAGGAAGAAUUGAUCAAGUAUAUGACUGAAGUAGGUGAGCGUUUUUCUCAGGAGGAAAUGGAAGAAAUGUUGUCUGCUGCAAUUGAUCCAGAAUCGAAUUCAAUUCAUUACAAGGACUAUAUAACAAUGAUGGUGAUAGAUGAAAAUUAAACACUCUACAGACUUCAUUUCUAAUUGAAAGAUCAUUUUAAGAAUUGCUUGUCCUUGUUAAUUUCACAUUUUAUAAUUCCUACAUAUUGCUAAUUAAUGCCUUGUGACAACUAUUUCAAGAUAUUUUGUUUUUUAAAGGUGAUCAUAACAGUGUAAAACAAAUUUAUUUAGUAUGUCUAGCCCUAUGGAAUGACAAACUGCUAAUUAUUUUAAAACUAUUCUUAAAAUAUUUAACAUUAUCCAUGGAUUGUUACUAAUUGUCUACAAUUAAAUCCAGGUUACUUUCAAAUUAAUUAAGCUGACAAAAUGAAGAAUGAUUAGAAUGACCCAAAGUUUUGCUUAUAAAGAUCUUGGGGCAGAAUGACCAUAAAUUGAAAAUGAGUAGUAAUGUGAUGACAGCUUCUUUUUAAAACAGCGAACACUUCAGCAAUCAGAAUGUGGAAGGAAAGUCAUUGAAGCGGAUAUUAAUAAUUAAUUUCUUAUGAGUGCCAAUUAUAAAUCUCAUUUGAGAUGAUAGUAACUUAGCAUAAAAAUUUAAAUUUGCUGAUCUUGCAUGUUACCUGCCAUUUAUGGAAUAGCUAAAGGAGUUGAGAUAAUUGAACCUUGAGCAAAGAAGACUGAUUGGAAAUUGGUAAUGUAAGGAAGUGGCAAUUCUCUUGUGGUCUUUAGAAUUCUUAACCUAUUCAGAAUACCUGUCAUGAGAAUAUUGUCCUGAAUACUGAGUAAGAAAAUUGAGAAAUGUUAUGGGGUGCAGGAGGUACAGCUGUUGAAAGAGCGGGAUAAAGUUAUCUGAGCACAAAGAAUCACAAUGGAAAAGCAAAGGGGAAAGUAAGAUAAAGGAAAAUGAAUAAUCUUCCAUAACCUGUAUCAUUCUUUCAUACACACACACACACACACACACACACAGUGAUCUCUAUUUAAAGAUGCUUCACCACUACAUGUGCCUAUAUAUACAUAUAUACAUGCUGCUUGUGAUUCUUCCUCCUAGGCAUGCAGGGGGCUGCUACUUAAGAGACUCUAUCAUUGUCCAUUCAUUCAUUCAUGAAACAUUUACUGAGAAUUAUUAGAUAAUGUACUAGGAGCUGGAGUUGCACGGUGAAUCAGUCCCUAACUAGUCGAGAUCACAGUUUAGUGAGGGAGACCUGCAAGUCAAUCAGCAACCACAUUUCAGACAGGGCACAUGCAGGGCCUCUAGUUGCUUCCUGAGUGAAGAGGACGGUGGUAGGUUACAGAGCUUGAGGAGAAUGGUAAAAUUUGGAAAUAUCUCUUGUGGGAAAUGGGAGAAAGAGUUGAGAAAGAGCCCAUGUAAGAAUUUCAAGAAAUCCUGGAGGAUUUUGUUCAGUAACUCGGGCCCACGAGCAAAAAUGAUGGAUUGUUGUAUUGAUUCAGGGUUAAGGUUUGUCAUCUGAGUGAGAUGGAGGCAACCAAAGGUCAAGGGAGUAGAGGAAUUCACGAGAAAGCAGUUGUAACAAUGCUCUCUGGAGUCUGAGUAGUAGAGAUACAUACAGGUAGGAGUGGGCUCUCAGACCGAGAGACGGAGGCAGGGCCUCAUGGCCUCCAAAGGGGCAAACAGCUGUGCAGGGGGAGCGAGAGAUGAUGGGCUUUCCUGCCAUUCCUGAGUAAUUACAUGCUUUGCUUGAAAUUUGACUUCACUGUGUUUUUAGAGUGUUCCUUCAUUCUCCUAUGUUAUUAUUAUAAUUAAUAAUAAUAGCUAACAUCUGGGGACUGCUCACUAUGUGCCGGGCACUGAUCUGAGUGCUUUUUAUAUAUUAGCUGAUUUAAUCCUCCCAGGCACCCAGCGAUAUGGGUCACAGCUAUAAGGGGUUGUAUUCAUCAGUUUGUGCUAGGUUAUGCUGUGAUACCAAACAACGCAAGAGCUCAGGGCUUACUACAGUAAGAGUUCUUUUUUGUUCACGUUUUGUGUCACCUGGCGUCGGCUGGGCCUCUGCUUCAUGUGUCGUCUUCGUGCAGCUCAUCUACUUCCUAAGCAGGGUGACCGUGUGUCUUGGGUUACCCAGGGUGGUCGCAGCCUACGUUUGUUGUCCCAGUGUAGUUGUUAAUAGAUCUCCCUCUUGGAAGUGUCCUGGUUUAAAUGAUUAAUAUGUGGUCAUCCCAUUUGAAAAAUAGUGAAUAAAAAUGAUGCUGAGGAAUCAUCA